AACAAACUGAGGGGAAACAUCAUGGAGCCAGAUGUGAUUAGAAUGUAUUCUUCUUCACCACCGCCACUAGACGAUGGAACUGAAAUUGAUGAUGAGUUUGGUGAAUUUGGUGGUUUUUCAGGGGUUGGUAGUUCAACGCUUGGUUAUUCUGACUUCGAUUUAGAAGAUCACCAUGAGAACUUUAUGCCGCAGCACCACUUUGUGCCUGGCCAUGAAUAUUCCAGCCAUGCAGAUGGAUUUGCUGACUUUCAUUCGGCAAGUGCCAGUGACGGCAAAGUCUUUCUUUCAGACUUCUCCAGACCCGCAGAAGAAGUGUUAAAUGACAUGACUAUAAGUACUGAUAAGGAUGUAAUUCGAUCAAAACCUUCAGUAAAUGUUUUUGGUUGUACAGCAACAGAACAAACAAUGGAAUCCAUAAAACUGACAGAUGUAACUGCUAGAUUUGAUAGCCUGGCCGUGGAUGCUCAUGCAAUAGGUUUAGAAUCAGAAGAGUACUGCAAUGGUAAAAAGGCGAACCCAAAAAUUCUGACAAAUGGGUACUCAACAAAGGUUAUAACACACUCUCAGGGAAUAGAAAAUAUAGUCAACACAAGUGAUCAAAAUGAACAAAAAGCUACAAAUGCUCACAUUUCCAAUCUCUGGUCAGAGUCCAUGCCUGGACCAAUUGAAGACUUUACAGAGUUCUCUGCAUUUUCAAAUGUUAAAGAACCUGCUGAAUUAACAGGAGAAACAACGAGUCCAACUCUAUCUAUUAUCAGCAAAAUGCCACUAAAAGGAGAGCAUAAUACUGGCAAUCAUUCAGCUAUAAGGGAACUACCAGAUGUUCAAGUCAGUCCAAACUUUGCAGUGGAUGGUGAUAAACUGAAAGUUGCUUCAAAUAGGAAUGGGACAAAUGCAGACCUAGAGCACACCCAGUGCCAGUCCUCUGAACCUAGUACUGCAGCUGACGCAAGCUUUCCUAAUCAUGACUGGAAUACAUCAGAAUCAAUGGAGCACAUUGCAACUCAGAACCAAAAUGUUCAACAACCAGUUCCUGAAUUUUUGGAAAUAGUGAAAGAAACCAUUAAUAUAGAAAGUUCAGAGAUUCAAUUAAGUACAGAUCAAUCAGGUAGUGUAAAGCAAGCUGGAGCAGAAAUAGAUUUGGAAAUCUGUACUCUGAAUGAGGAAGGCAUUGGUGUUUUUUCAGACAAUGUUGCACAUAGAAUUGCUAUGAUUGAGCAAGGCCAUGCAGUCAAUGGUGAGCCAGUGGUGACUGAUAGGAAAAGGACAGAGGGAAUUGAGUCAGAUCAGUGUGGAAUUUCAAGAAGUGACUGCUUACGUGAUGGUGAUUUUGCUUCUUUUAGUCUAGUGUUGAAUUCUACUGCUGUGGAUGACGUUGGAACCGUUAAUGAGCAUUGUAUAAACUCUGACAGCAAAACAUCCUCAAAGUUGGCAACAGAAGAGUUUGCUAGGUUUCAGGAAGCUGAUGUCAAAGAUGAAUUUGGUGACUUUGGUAGUAUGGGUACUGAUUCCUUACAAACGUUUGCUAAUUUUUCUGAAUCUCCAGCAGAGAAGGAUGUGCAAACAGAACUGACUGUUUAUCCUGAAGGUGACUUGGAGUCUGGUGAGGAUGGAACUACCACCACAAUUACAAAGUCAGAUGAUGAUGAGGAUUUUGGAGAAUUUGGAUCCAUUCAGGAAGCCAACAAUGAGUCUGAGUUUGCCGGGUUCAAAAGUGAUGACUUUACAGCUGGUGAACAAGACACUGAGUGGAAUGCUUUUGGGGAUUCGGUGGCUGAAAGUACAUCGUGGGCAACCUUUGGUGAAGAGGAGUCACAUGGUGCCCUUAAAGAAGAAAUUAGCCAGUGCAGCAGGACAGAAGUUGCCCUUUCAAAUGACAAACAAUUGACUGGCUGGGCAGACUCUACUCCUGUUCAACACAUUGGAGAAGAACCUCAGUCACAAGUGUCUUUGCUAAAGCGUCUGGAGCGAGUUUUCCAAACUUGUUUUUCUCCGGUGCCAACUACUAAGGUCACCAAAGAAGAAAUCUGCUCUCUGGGUCAGCUGCUGCAGUCUGGACUGGAGAAGGGAGACCAGGUCAAGGCAAAUAAUGGGGAGUUGUUAUCUGUGUGGACCGAGCUGCAAGAUGUGGAAGAUGCUCACGGCCUGAGGUACCAGUGGGGUGGUUCUCACAGCAACAAAAAGCUUCUAAUUUCUCUGGGAAUCGAUACCAGAAACAUUUUGUUUACAGGGCAGAGGAAGCAGCCUGUCAUUGUUCCCGCAUAUGCAUCUGGUCUGGGCAUGUUAGAACCCACUAAAGAACCAGUAAAGCCAAUAUCGGCUGCAGAGAAGAUAGCGUCAAUAGGUCAAAUUUCAACUGCAAGUGUCACGCCCUCAGAAAUGUGCGGUUCUGCAUCUGAUCAAAUCCAAGAGCACGUUCCGCCUGUCCAGUUUGACUGGAGUAGCAGUGGCCUUACUAAUCCUCUUGAUGGUGUUGACCCAGAACUGUACGAACUGACCACAUGUAAACUGGAAGACUCUGGUACAGUAAAUCGAAUGACUGAUGCAUUUGCUCGCCUUAUGUUGACAGCAGAGAAGACCAGUACAUCCACCAGGAAACCAAAAAAGGAGGAAGUUCUUAGUAAGGAAGCAGCCAAAGUGAUAGCAAGCCUUCCAGACUUGUCAUUCAUGCAUGCCAAAGUGCUGAUGUUCCCAACUACAUUAACACCUUUGGUAAGCUCCCACACAGACUGAGCCAAGGAUCCCAGUUUUAUUUUCUGAACAUUUUAAAAUCAAUCUAAUUUUGGCUUUCUUGAAAUAAAAUGAAACUAAUCAGUCACUCAGAUGAUUUGUUGCUCGCCAGAUUCUGGAGAGUUCCACAGACAAUACAGUGAUGUUUAUUUAUUUAUAGCAAAGUGAUUUAAGUGUUUAUAUUAGAAAAGAAUCUGUAAAUAUCAGGUGGAUGGUUUUUAUUUGCAGAUUAAUUUUCUUUUGCUGUGCUGGGUUGUAUAAAUUUCUG